AAGCUUUUAUCAACGGAAGUAGAUUGAGUAAUAGUCGGUCUCCGCUGAUCGAAUGCACCUUACGAUCUACUUUUAGGGGCGGCGAGGUUCAGGGAUUUCUUCAGCUCUCCACCUUUUGCUUUAGGACAGGCUUCCAGCCAUGUCUGCUGUGGUGGAUCUAAAGACGAAGGAGGAGAAAGAUGCAGAGCUGAACAAAAGGAUUGAAGCUCUGCGGAAGAAGAAUGAGGCUUUGGUCAAGAGAUAUCAGGAAAUACAGGAAGAUAAGAAAAAGGCUGAACAGGAGGGCAUCGCUGUGACAACCCCUCGCAAACCCCGCCCUCAUGAGCCUGAGUCUGAACGGAGAAAGACAGAAAAGGAGAACUUCUCAGUGACCGUUGACUUGUCCAAACCAGCUGCGGAGAAGCAUGUGGUGAAUGACAGGAAACCAGCUAGUCAUCGUGGUGACCAGGGCCCAGAAGAAGAAGAGUCUGGUCUGCCUCAUGGUGAGAGUCCCCCCCACAGAACCGGAUCGGGCCGGCUGAGCAGAGGUGGCCCCCGUGGCGGAAGAAGAGAGCCUCGUUCAAACAAAGGAGAACCGUGGUCGGAGAGGCAACCUCAGGAUGGUGAAGGUGGAGAGGGUCCAGCUCGUACUGAACGCUUCUCUAGAGGAGGGCGGAGAGGAGGAAGAGGUGGAGGAGGAACUCAAGGAGGAUCAGGCUCGGACAGGAAAUCAAAGGAGUGGGAGGAAAAAAGAAGACAGAACAUAGAGAAGAUGAAUGAAGAGAUGGAAAAGAUUGCUGAAUAUGAGAGAGGUCAAAAGCCUGAUGGAGAGAAGAACCCCAUCAGAAACUUCCUUGAUGACCCACGGCGUAGUGGGCCGAUACUAGAAACUGACCGCAAAGAGGGAAGCCGGCGUCACAUGCGCAACUGGGGUGGAGUUGACUUUGACAGUGUGAAGACUGGUGCCGAGGUUGAGAGAGAAUGGACGAAUCGUAGGCCAGGCGGUAAAGUCCGAGAAAGAGCCGAGUAUCUCCGCUGGAAAAAGGAGCGAGAGCAGAUUGACGAAGAACGACUGGCUCGUCACCGUAAUGCCACGGGCCAGUGGAGACGAGAGUGGGAUGCCCAGAAAACAGAUACAAUGUUCAAGGAGGACUCAGCUGUGGCUGGAGAGGGCACACAAGAACAAAGCAACAGGAGAGAAGAUAACAAGAGGCCGCCCAAGGCAUCAACCUUCGGGGACUUCUUGGGACAGGGCAAACCCAGACAGGGAGGCCAUGGACAAGGGAAGGGUCGUGGUCAAGGCAAAAGCUACAGCAUGCAUGAUAAUCGGUGGGAAGGGGAAAAUGAAGAGGAGAAAGGAAGAAAGGAGGAGCAAGAGAAAGAGAAGGAUGAAGAGAAAGUCAAAGAGAAGGAAAACGAGAACACCCUCAAGGCUCAAUUGUCAGACAAGAAGUCUGAUGAAGGAGGCCACGCUGAAGAUGAUGAUGAUGAGUGGGAGGAUGCCAGCGAUGGUGAACAGGAAGAUGUGGAAGAGGAUGAAAAAGCUGAUCACGAGGAAGACUCAAAAGAUGCUAAAGCAACAGAAAAGACCCCUACCUCUCCUGCACCCUCUACUCCCAGCCCAAAAGAACAGCGUACCCCAAGACCCAAAGUCCACAUCCCUUCCCCACAGGAGACACUCAGUACACCAGAGGGACCCAAACCGCUCAGCCCUUUCUCCCCACUGGACGGCCACCAGCCUGUGUCAGACUGGGGUGAAGAAAUGGAGAUGCUUUCUCCUAAGUGCAUUCUGGACGAGAGCCCUCUGAGGCCCAGCAGCACUGAAAGCAGUCCAGCUCAACCUAAGAGCAAUCCAGCUGAACAUAACACGACUACCACACCCAGCCAGCCAGAAGAACCAGAAACAAAAGAAAGUGCAUCUACAGUGGUGGAGUCAGCUUCCUGCGAAACACAAAAGGAGCCGGUACCAGCUGAAUCUGCCGACACAACCACCUCGAGCAGCCAUGAGACAGGAGAUCCUGUAGUGCCGCCCACCACAGACAGCGCCAACCAAAACAAGGACAGCGACGCCCCCGCUGUAGAGCUGGAUCAUAGUCAGCCUGAAACUAAGGUUGAAGAGGAAACAGCAGUGGAUUCUUCAGAUCAACCGUCCUCAGGCUGAGGACUAAAUGCAGUAGAUGAACUCGUUGCUUCACAAACUGGAAUCGGAGGUAAGCAGAGGAAAGAGAAGACAUCAGGUCCAAUGGACGGCUGUUGACUGUAUAUUAAAGAGGUCGAGGGGGCAUCUUUGGAUCCCUGUCAACACUUCAUCCAAAUAACUUUCUGUAUUGUUUAAUUAUUCCUCAUUGGUUGGGACUCUGUGCUGUUAUCAAGCUAAGCUGCUGCUCUUUUCUCACAUUUACCCUCGGCUUUAUCUGUAAAGCAUGUUAUACUCAAACCAUAAGAAUAUUUUUUGAUCAUGGAGCGGUGGUGUUUAACCACCCUAGACCACAAGGACACUCAGAUAUAUGAUAUCUGACAUCAAAUGUAUCUUUGAAGGUCGAUAAGGAACAUAUUAAGAUGUAUUUAUUGUUAAGAGUGGCAUGCUUCACUUUUUGCAAUCUCUUUGUAAACUAGGGCAUUGGUUUUUUUGUUGUUGUUUUUUUUUUAUUAUUAUUAUUAUUUUUCAGGGCAACUUUUGAAAUGAAGAUGAGCUGUGGAUUAAGUUUGCUAUAAACGAUUUGUAGCCUAGACAUUAUAUGCGCACGGACCAAAGAAAAUCAUGGUGAAUUGUAAAGAGUUUGAAUGAGGAAAACUAAACAAUUGAGACAGCAGAGAUUGUGUACCUCAUUGCUAUCAAAUCUAAUAUUGCUUUAUUGACCAUUUUUUUUUAUGUUUGUUUAGUAAUCUUAUGUAUUUAUUUA